AUGAGCGAAGACGAAGACCCGUAUUCUUCGUCGCCAAUAGUAGCGAGCCGGCGGCAUGGGUCGCGGGAUCUAGUCGAUGGAGGAAAUGCCAUGUCCCCGUUGCAAACUCCCAAGAAGACUCCGAACAAGCGCUCGUCAGACAAUGAGACGGGAUAUCUAGCAUCGCCGUUUAGUGUCCGUAAUCAUGCAACUGGCAAUUACCGGUCUGGUGAGAACCACGGUAAAAGUAGCAAUAUUGAACUUCCAUUUGUUUUUGACAAGUUUCCUAUGCAUAUGUUUGACGACAUUUCUUUUAUACCUGGACGAGAUGACGCUCGAAUCUCACGGUUCAAUGAGACAACAAAGUCUCUCGUAUCUGCGACUAUUCCUAGAUUGGUGGUUCAAUUGACCAGCCAUGAUGUUCUUGAUUAUAAUUUCAUGUCAGAUUUCUUCUUGUCGUACCGAAUAUUUAUGUCCAGUGACGAGCUGCUGGAAUGCCUCUUUACCCGUUUGAUAUGGGCUAUUAAUUUGCAUACAACCAAAACUACAUCAUCGACAGCAUCUGACAAACAGGAUAGCGAGAUUGGCAGAGACGUAUCAGUUCGAGUGUUCGUUGUUCUUCGACAUUGGAUCUUGAACUUUUUCCCAGAUGACUUUCUCGUUAGCUUUAGACUGCGGUCCAAGUUCUCAUCGACAUUAAACAAGCUGUAUAGCUGGAACACAGUUCAGGAAGAAGUUCAGUUUAAAAGAAUCGUCGAACAGCUUAAGAAAGCCUGGAUCAGGGUAUGCUGCAUGUAUUGGCAGCUUGGAAGUCCUUUGAAUAAUAGUAAUUUCGAUGUUUCACUUCCAAUAUUCCCAGGUGGCACCUAUGGUCAAAUCAAUGCAUCAAGAAAACAUUCUACUUCUACUCACCAAGAUAAAUCCACUGCUAUAAGAAGGUCGACUUUAUUAAGUUUCUACAAGGGCCCUAUCAGACCGGCUAUCAGCAACAGUGACUUGAAAGGAGCUGAUGGCAUUUCUAGUGAUCAAACAGCCCAAGACACAAUGUCUGCAAUGUUAAAUAUCGACAAAACACUACGUAAUGGAGCUCUAGUCAAUGGAGGCAUUAUAUUAUCGGCCGAUGUUGAAGUCAAGUCGAUCAAGCCACCUACUCCAGUUAGAGUGGUUCAAAAGAACCAUGAGGAACGCGGGAACGAGGGUGAUUGCGAGCGAAAACCAGCCAAUCUCACAAUUCCACCUCCAAAUUAUAAACCUACUUUGAAAUCUGUUAUGGACUCCUGGAGAGUUAAAUAUAAAAGCAGCAACAGGGUCUUGUCAUUGUUUUCAAAUAUUAUGGCACCUAGAAAACCUGCUGUUGUCGAGGCAGACAGUCGUGAAUCGUCUAAAUCAUUUUCCGAUAUCCGCAUUGAUAUUCUUAGUGCUAGAGUCAUUGAAGAGCUGGACUAUUUUUUGAAGAUUAAAUCUGAAAAGCAACUGGGUCACGGACUCGGUUUAAUGCGAAACACUCGUCUUGCUGCUAAGCAAUCAGUUACUAAUCAAGGUGAGCAAGUGACGUCGCCAAGUAAAGUGCAUAGGCUGUCGUCUAGCUCCGAGUCACCGACCAAACGCCAGCGUGUACACGACCGGGAGUCAGUUGAUCUGUACUCUGUUUCAGAUACCCAGGAUGACGAGCGUGAUCAAAGUAGUGGUAUUCUCGGUGAUCGAUUUCCAAUUGAUAAGUUUGUUAAUCAGAGCCUCAGUUCAAAGAGAACGUCAAUGAUUGACAGUUUGAGGAUUCAGGACCGCUUAGGAAACACAUCAUCAAGCAGUAUUGCCUUAUCAGACCAUUUUCAAGAGACGGAUGAGCCGUUUGAAUUUAGCGACUCGCUCAGUAGCUUGACAUCGUCGGGUGGAGAAGGGUCACUCUUGUCUUUUGAUUCGUACGAUUCGGCUCUUAGCAAUCAAACAGUAAUGGCCACAGACAAGAGUGCAGCCGAACUUGACGAGAACCAACUGGGGCUGAGAAGAUUGCGCAGAUGGCGUAACCACGAGAAUUUACGAGACAUCACCAAUUUCCGUACCGAUGGUCGCACCAGCAUGAUAUCAGGCAGUGCUAACAUUUCAGGAAGAGUAACAGCCCUCAGAUCAAGAAAUACUAGCCAUGCUAGCCAUGGCAGCAAAACAAGCGAUAAAAGUGAAAAAAUGAUGCUUCCGUACUCAGGAGUAGACUCGGAAGUAGCAGCUCGAUUAGCAGCUAUUCCUGAUGACACACCCGAUGAGGACGCAAUCAACGCUGCGUUGUUGAAACUUGAAGGCAAGUACGUGAGAAAACGGAAGAAUCUAUCUCCAGAAGACGACAUCUUCAACUUUGAACGUACCACCGCAAAAACUAAUGGUCUGAUUGAAACGACACCUUCUAAUACAAACACAAACAGACACACAAAUACAAAUUCCCAAAUAUUGCAUGCCCCUAUUAUAACCCAUUCAGAAUCCGAGUUUGGCAAUAAAAUCACCAUCCAGUACACAGAAAGCCACAAUUCCAACCUAUUUAAAGCAGCAUUCGAGUCCAAGGCCGACAUUGCAGCGCUGGCGUCGUCGCCAUCGCCAAGCACCCAAUCACCUGUCUUUUCAACCCCUACAAGACAUCAGCCAUUUGCAAACUCCACACCUAAAGAACGCAUUAGCAGGGACCAGAGCCAGACACAAACGCAACAAGACAGGUCGACGGUAUUCUCAAUUCCAUAUUCCCCAGAACACCCUUUGUCAGUGUCAAACAUCGUCACUCAGGGCAACCACACACCGUUUAUUCUCAAUUUCGGGUCAGAUGAACUGUGUGCUCAAUUCACGCUGAUUGAACGCGAUGCACUGGCCGAAAUCGACUGGAAAGAUCUAAUUGAAAUGAGAUGGACGCGAACAGUCGUGCCCAUUCAGAGCUGGUUAGAAUUCCUAGUGGAGCGAGAUUCACGAGGUGUGGAGCUGGUCAUUGCUCGGUUUAACCUGAUGGUUAACUGGAUCAAGUCGGAGAUCCUACUGACUCGGCAGCUGGACGAGCGGGCACAAACGAUCUCGAGAUUUAUUCAUAUUGGCCAUCAAGCUCGCACGCUGCAGAACUUUGCAACCGUGAUGCAAAUCGUGCUAGCACUACAAUCAGCAGUGAUCUCGAAACUAAAAACCACCUGGGAACAUGUGACGGAGAACGACCGUGAGCUGCUAAGACAGAUGACGGAGCUUACGUCUCCCCUCAAGAACUUUUCCAAACUGCGUUCUCAACUCAACCAGCUCGAGCCCACCAAAGGCUGUGUGCCAUUUGUAGGCAUGUACCUCUCCGACCUGACAUUCAAUGCCGAGCGACCAUCGUUCGUCGACACCGACGCCGACCAUGGCACUGACAACAGCACCAAACUCGUCAACUUCGACAAGUUCCAAACAGCGUCGUCGGUAGUCAAAUCGCUCCUCCAGUGCAUCGAAUGGUCCACCAACUACAAACUGCACCCGGACCACGACCUGGUUGCCAAAUGUCUCUACAUCCAAUCACUCACGGUCGAAGAAAUGGACAUGUGCCUCGACCACCUCAUCGACCCCUGA